AUUUAAAAUAUCAAAUGAAAUGUGUAAAAACUAAAUAGAAGCCUUUUUUGGGGGGUAAAAUGAAGGUGAAAAAUGAUCAACUUCCACAUGAGGCCCGCAUGAAAGUGACACUAAACAAAAGCGUCCAAUCACCAUUGACAUCAGCCCAGCGUGGAUUCCUGUUGCUAGGCAACCGCCGGUGCAACCUGAUCAGCGACAGCGGCAGCCAAUAGAAAAAGACGUGUUGAAUAUUUCAUCCAAAUCCGACAAAAGUACCUUGAAGGCGAGCAGGAAGUGACGCCGAAGACGACCACAAGCGGCGGGCAACCAAGACGCUGCCGUGGCAUAAAGAAGCGCAAAGUCCAAAACAGACAGGAUGUGACAUCAUCAGAUGAAAAUGUCCCAUGAAGCGGAAGCCUCGAUGGCGGCGGCAUCCCUGCGUUGCAUCGUGUGCUUCGGCCGCUACGAUCUGGCAGCGCGGUUGCCGCGGCAACUUCACUGCGGCCACACCUUCUGCCAGGCGUGCAUCAAGCGACUGGACAUCGUCAUCAACGAGCAGGUGUGGAUCCCGUGUCCUCAAUGCCGCCAGAACACGCCUCGUCCCCGCGGGGGCGCUGCCGCGCUAGACCUCAACUUGACCUGCUUCUUGGCACUCAAGACGCACGCUGGCUCCGCCCCCUGCAUUGCUGAGGCGGGGUCAAACGGCGAGGGGGCAGUGGCCGGGAACGGGAAGAAGACCACAUGGGCGACCAAGGACGUGGCCUGUGAGGAAGCGUGGUCGCACGGGGGGCUCGCAGAACCUCGCUUUCAUCGCCACGCCAACUGCUGUAAGCCGCUCUCCUAUUGGUUGUGUUGCUGCUGUUGCUGCCCGGGGCGGGGAUAAAAUAAGGGGCGGUGUCUAAUCACUAUUGAAGCAUCAAAUAGUUUAAAUGGACCUGAUAUUUUCCCAUGGUGCCUUGACCUGAAAUCCCGAGUAACCAACUUUCCUCAUUGGCACAGAGAAGUCGGGUUUCCAUGGAGCCAUGUUUAAAAUAAAAUCCUGCAAUAAAAAUGUCAAAACAAUCGCAACUAGUGCACAAUAGAUGACUGAGGUCCAUCUUUAGAAAUCGUGUGACGUUUAAAUUAGAUCAGAAUGGGUCACGACCAAAGAUGUCAAGAUGUCUCUGCUUAAAGCCAGCUUGUGAAAUUCAGUUACAGUGGAGCCCCGCUCUUCGCAGAGGAUAAGGACCCGG